UCCAGGUUGCUGAAGCAGACAAGCUGUUUGGCUCUGACAGAUUCUCUCUCUGCUAGCUUAAAACUCCAGCCUGGGCAGGCAGCCCCAGGGAUUUCAGUAUAAAAAAUACUUCAGUCCACAGUGAAUAGCCAUGAGCUCUUCUCACCUAACUAACAGAGCUGAGAGCCACUUCCAAGCCUCAGAGGAGCACGAACUGGAGGCAAUGGGGAAGAAAGCUUGGGAUAACCCUGUUUAUAAUGGCUCUCCCUCUACCUGCUUAAAGAUCCAAGCCAUCUACAAUCCCAAGUCCAUUCUGGAGAAUCCCUAUGAGAACUUUGAAGAGGUGGGGGAUCCGCUGCCCUGCCACGAGGAGCAGACCAAAGCUGUGGAUGGGAAGACGAGUCCUUUCCCCAGGUGCUGCUUCUACAUCUUCAGAGGCAUCCGAGGUCUGUGGGGUACUACGCUGACUGAAAACACAGCUGAAGACCGAGAACUUUAUGUAAAAACCACUCUGCGAGAGCUGCUGGUCUAUAUUGUGUUCUUGGUGGAUAUCUGUCUAUUGACAUAUGGAAUGACAAGCUCCAAUGCGUAUUACUACACCAAAGUGAUGUCUGAGCUCUUCCUACAGACCUCUUCAGACAGCAGCAUCUCCUUCCAGUCUAUUGGUAGCAUGGCUGACUUCUGGGUGUACACACAAGGCCCCCUUCUGAAUAAUCUUUACUGGACCAAGUGGUACAACAACGAGUCCCUAGCAGCGCACGGCACCCACUCAUACAUCUAUUAUGAGAAUCUGCUGCUGGGUGUCCCACGCAUGCGACAGCUGAAGGUGAAGAACAAUUCCUGUGUGGUCCACAAUGACUUCAAAGAGGAAAUCUCAGGCUGCUAUGAUGUGUACUCAGAAGAAAAGGAGGAAAGAGUCUCCUUUGGUCUCAUCAAUGGAACAGCGUGGAGGUAUCAUUCUGAGGAGGAGCUGGGUGGCUCAUCUCACUGGGGAAGACUAACCAGCUAUAGUGGGGGAGGAUACUACAUAGACCUCAAAAUGACAAGAGAAGAGAGUGCUGAAGCCCUGAAGGUCUUGAAAGAGAAGCUGUGGCUGGAUCGGGGGACACGAGUUGUCUUCAUCGAUUUCUCAGUGUAUAAUGCAAAUAUCAACCUAUUCUGUGUUCUGAGGCUAGUGGUCGAGUUUCCAGCCACUGGUGGUGCCAUUCCCUCCUGGCAAAUCCGGACAGUCAAGCUUAUACGAUAUGUCAGCACAUGGGACUUCUUCAUUGUUGCCUGUGAAAUUGUCUUCUGUGUCUUCAUCUUCUACUAUGUGGUAGAGGAGAUCCUGGAACUGCAGAUCCACAAGCUUCGGUAUUUCACCAGCAUCUGGAACAUCCUGGAUGUAGUCGUCAUUCUGCUCUCCAUCGUUGCUAUUGGGUUUCAUAUCUUUCGCACCAUCGAGGUGAACAGACUGAUGGGAGAGCUGCUGAAACACCCUGACACCUAUGCAGACUUCGAGUUCCUGGCAUUCUGGCAGACCCAGUACAACAAUAUGAAUGCAGUCAACUUAUUCUUUGCCUGGAUCAAGAUAUUCAAGUAUAUUAGUUUUAACAAAACAAUGACCCAAUUGUCCUCCACACUGGCACGCUGUGCUAAGGACAUCCUGGGCUUUGCUAUUAUGUUCUUCAUUGUCUUCUUUGCCUAUGCCCAACUGGGUUACCUUCUUUUUGGGACUCAAGUGGAAAACUUCAGUACCUUUGUUAAAUGCAUCUUCACCCAGUUUCGGAUCAUUCUCGGUGAUUUUGACUACAAUUCCAUUGACAACGCCAACAGGGUCCUUGGGCCUAUUUAUUUCGUCACUUAUGUGUUCUUUGUUUUCUUUGUGCUUCUGAAUAUGUUUCUGGCCAUCAUCAAUGACACCUACUCAGAAGUCAAAGAGGAGCUUUCAAGCCAGAAGGAUGAGCUGCAGCUCUCAGACAUCUUGAAGCAGAGCUACAACCGGACACUGAUGAGGCUGAAGCUGAAGAAGGAGAGGAUUUCUGAUGUACAGAAAGCACUACAGAAUGGAGCAAAAGAACUGGACUUUGAGGACUUCAAGAACAGCUUGAAGAAACUAGGUCAUGCAGAACAUGAGAUCACAGCAGCCUUUUCCAGGUUUGACAAAGAUGGCAACCAGAUCCUUGAUGAAGAGGAGCAGCUGCAGAUGAAGCAUGACUUAGAGGAGAAAAGGGUUGCUUUGAAUACGGAGAUUGAAAACUUGGGGAAAUCCUAUAGUGGCAACAACUUGGAUGAGAAUCUGGCUUACAUGGAAGCAAAGACUAACCAUGUCAACAAGGCCAACUGGGUCUCCAAAGAAGAGCUGCAAGUCCUCCUGCAACGUGUGCUGCAGCUGGAACAGUCCAUCAACAGCAUUGGCUCCAAGAUUGAUGCGGUGGUAAGCAAGCUAGAGGUGCUGGAGAGAAACAAGCUGAAGUGGAAGGACUUGAUAGGCAAGCCGCUGGAUAACAUUAGUAAGGAGGAAGAACCCGGUCAGGAAGAACUGGUCCACCAGAGCCCAGAUCAGCUGGGGAAAGAACCAGAAGUCUGGGAAAUGGAGCGUUUACGAAGAAACAGCAUGAGUGGCAGUUCUGCCCAAAAUGGGACCUACACCAACUUGCCCAGGUCAAAUUUACCAGGGUCUCAGGUGCCCAGGAACACCUGGCCUCAGUCUGAUGUGCACUUCUAGCGAACAGCCCAGCGCUCUCACUCUGGCUCCCAAGGUACUAAGUCAAUGUCUGUUGUUUCCCCGCUGUUAGAAUAGUCAGGAUAGCUGAGCACAGAUGCCACUGUUGCCAGGGAGUGGUGAUGUGAAAAAUUAGGGAUGCUUUGUCUGAAAUAAGUGAUGACACCACAAACCUAGAACUUCUGGCCCCAGUAUCUCUAGAUGAGGGAACAUUUAGAAACAGUUGUUCUAUUUGGCUUCUAUCUCUGAACAGGCCAGUCUAAAGGCCUUUUACUUAUACUCUCUCAAGAUCUGAAGACCCCAGAGCCCUGGGAACACUUGGGUCCAUUGUGGCACACUGCAACUUGUUCCCACCUACAUACUCACUCUCACAUUUUUUUGUAGGAUAAAGAUGCAGGAAUUAUGUAAACAAAACAAAAUGUAAUCAUCAGCGUGAGAUGGAAGGGAGAAAUUAGUUACUUGUGUCUACUUGACUAUUAACAGUCUUUUUUCUAUCAUAGUUUAUUUCCAGAAUGCUUUUGUAACCCUCUCCCUACCUUAGAGUCAGAACUUGAGAUAAGAGGAUACAAACACCUAUACGGAUAACUGAAAUGAUAGUUGACUCAUACUGUACUUGGGAGGAGCUCUGAAAUAUCAUAAAUAGGGAAGAGGUUGUUACUGGCUGAGUCCUAAGUUCUGAAUGUUAGAGAAUGACCUUCUGGUAACAUAUUUUCUAAUGCAGCUGUUGACGCUAAAAUUUUCUCAAUUUUUUUGUUGUCCAGUUUCAUGCUCCUUAAACUGCACUUCAAGAUAUUCCACAAAACUGGCAUCACGUCUACAAAGUUAUGACGUUUCUCAUUUUUACCAAAGAAGUAUUUUUGUUUGCAGUUGUGGAUGCCAACACCAUUUUAGUUUAGGAAUAUUGCGAAAAUGAAAUGAACGUCAGUUUCUCCAAUACGUGUAAAAUGCUUUUCUUUUUCCCUAGGCGUUAAUCAUUUUACUGAGACUUUUCCCCUCCCCUGUAAAUGAUGCAGUCUAUUGCAGCUAGUGUAAAUCAGCACUGCACUUAAUGGGUGUAUUCUGAUUUACACCUCUGGAGAAGCUGACUUUUUGUCCUACUCUCCAGCUCAACAGUUCUGUUUUGUGUGACUUGGGUUAUUGCACUCAUAACAAGCACACCAACGGUUCUUUGAUGAGGAAUGCUGGCACAAGAUCAUUCGGUGAAAUAAGUGGGGGCAAGACUUUACAUGUUUGUUAGACUAAUUUCCAUUUUUAUAAUAAAUUUCAUCCCAGGGCUAUCACAAAUUUUACUUUAUAGGGCUUACUUUCAUUCACCACUGAACGACAACAACCUCUGGGGUGAAACAUGUUGCUCAAGACAAAUUUCAGGACAGGACCACACAAAAAGUAUUUGAAAUAGCCUACCCAUUGCUAUUCCACAAUGCUUAAUCUCAAAUAGGCUCUGUAGGCUUAAAGCCAGUGGAAAUGUGAGUUGUACCAGAUCACUGCUAACAACAUGUAUUAAUGCUGCAGUAUGCAGUUCAGUGAUAGGCUCAGUGUGGGGUUGUGCAGUGGCACUUCAUAUUGUCAUAUUUUUAAAGAUGGAUGUGUCACUGUGUUCUGGGGGAAAGCAUCGACUGGAAUGUCUGAGGAACCUCAGGAGCAGUCGUGGCCCUGGAUAGAGCAGGCUGGCCCAGGCUCUAGGGCUGUCACAGCUACACAAUAUCACUGACAAACCAAAGGAGAUGAUCAUUCAGCUGUGAGAACCUAGCAGGAGCUGUGAGACCUGGUCCUUCGGGAUCACCCAGGCGCCAGGGAGCUCAGAUUUCAGCCAGAGGCUGUGGAUCCAGAAACUGUGGGCUCUCGCAGCUCUACUUACCACUGCCCUGCUGUCACUACACACCAGGUGGCUAAGGAGAGGGACUUGCACCCUCCACCCCCCUGCAGAGGGGGGCAGAGAUAGGGGCAGAGGGGGCCCCUAUAAGCCUCAAGGCAGGCAGGUUAGGUGAGAGGGCAAUGGCAUACCAGCUGGUGCCCAGAUCCAGCAGCCUCAGGCAACAGGUCAGAGGUAAUGUGGGCAGCUAUCUGGAGCAGCAAGCUGCUGGGGGAACAAAAUGGCUGUGGUCAUGCUGUCACCUCUGUUUAUGCCUGGACCUGGGGGAGCCAGCUUUCACCUGCUGAGGGGAAGUGUGCAGUCCCUGCAGGG